AUUCGUCAAACAGAGACAUAUCACAACCACUGGAGUCGAGUGAGCUAAGAGCGAAAAUGGCGAUGCUCUGUUCUUCAACUUCUGUUAUGUUCUCUUCUUCUUCUUCGACACCAAAAUCGUCUUUUCCUUCUAGUGCCAGUCCAUUUCUUGGCUUCUCAGUUUCAAAGCUAAAAGCUUCGGUCAAAACGACGUUGCCUUUAACUACCAAGCGGUCGUUUCAGGUUAGGUGCCAGGACGUCUCGGUUGUGCCCGAGAAUCAACGAUGGAUGUUUGAGGAGUCUGAAGUGGACGGCCCCGACAUUUGGAACAAUACAUGGUACCCAAAAAUCACUGAUCAUUUGCAUAGAAAUAAAACGUGGUAUGUGGUUGAUGCUACUGAUAAAAUUCUUGGAAGGCUUGCAUCAACCAUUGCCAUCCAUAUUCGUGGGAAGAAUCUGCCAACCUACACUCCUAGUGUGGACAUGGGAGCAUAUGUAAUUGUGGUGAAUGCUGAAAAAGUUGCCGUAUCUGGAAAGAAGAGGACCCAAAAGCUCUACAGGAGGCAUUCAGGAAGACCUGGUGGUAUGAAAGUGGAAACAUUCGACCAACUGCAGCAAAGGAUUCCCGAAAGAAUUAUUGAGCAUGCAGUUCGUGGAAUGCUUCCCAAAGGGAGGCUUGGCAGAGAACUGUUCACCCACCUAAAAGUUUACAAGGGCCCAGACCAUCCACAUGAGGCGCAACGGCCAAUUGAGUUGCCCAUAAGGGACAGGAGAAUACAAAAGCAGCGGUAGAUUUGAAGUAGAACUCCAGCUUGAGAUACAGUGAGCAAUCCCUUCUUUUCUUUUACUGCUAUACGUGCAUGUGUUUGGUCCCAGAUCUCAAACUUCAUGCUUUAGCUUCCUUCAUCUAAAAGCAUUGUACUAGUGUUCAUAUUUCGCUUGUAGAGAUUUUUGAAAUUGAUCUUACUCGUCUCCAGCUGAUGUCUGUUGUUGAAUUGUAAUGAGAGCGCAAUUUUUGAA